AUUACCUCAUCCUUGAGAAGAGCGUUAUAUUCGCCAUCUCCCACGGCUCAAACUUACCUCUCAAUCCAUCCACCGGGAUACAUACUCGACUAAGAAAGUCUGUGAGACUUGAAAUUACCGUCUCGGAUUUUUAAACAUCAUCCUCCACAUUCGAUCAUCGCUUCUUCGGGGAACCAUGCAUCUCAGUGACCCAGGCCCAGCAGUCAUUUUGGUGGUUGGCUGGCUUCUCAUCGCCGUGGCCGGUACCAUCAUCAUAGCUCGCCUAUUUGUUCGCCUCAAGAUUGAGAACCGAAGAUGGGCAUGGAGUGACAUUCUCAUGUGCUCUUCCUGGAUCUGGGCCACCGUCGCAACCUCAUUCAACGUCAAGUUCAUGAAACUCGGAGCCCUGGAUGCAGGUGUAUUGCUCUCAUUGCAAAAUUACCGUGGCGAACAAGAUGAUAUCACUAUGCUGUUCAAGUACUUCUGGUUUUGGUCCGUUGCUGUCUUAGCUGCCAUAUAUCUCGCCAAAGGGACACUUCUCGCAUCGUACUCGCAAAUUUUCCCUUCCUUUAUGGUAAAAAGAAGGACAACUCUAUGGGCCACAGCUAUUUUUAUCGCUUUGGCGUAUUUGGCGAGCACCUUGACACUCAUCAUGAUUUGCCUGCCAGUCCACACACACUGGGACCUGGACCCUACAUCAAAAUGUCCGUCCACCAAGGCCGUAACCGUAUUCCAUGUUUCAUGGGCCCUCCAUGUUGCUGGAGAUGCUUUUCUCUUUUUCCUACCCUGGCUUGUCAUAACUAAACUAGAGCUGAAGACUUCGGUCAAAAUCGUGGCGUAUUGCACGUUGUUCCUUGGCCUGCUUACAGUUGGUCUUGCUGUUUUACCAUUUGUCGCCAUUGAAACUGCACCGAAUAAGAAUCAGGUCUCAACCAGUUUGCUUGUGCUCUUGGCUACCCUUGACUGCAACCUCACUCUCAUAAUCGCCUGCCUUCCCUCGCUUCGCUCAUACUUUAACCUUCGGAUCACGGAGGUACCGACACAACUCAAGGUCCAGGUGGUUGGGUCUGUAUCGACAGACGAAAAUGAGAAACACCCAAAUUUCACCUCCAUAACCUGGGGCCACCGUCGUGUUACAUCAUCGAUUUCUCUUGAAUCCGACGCUAACCUCAAGGGCCACCGUCGUCGUAUAUCUUCGGUGUUCAACGAAUCUGGCCAUAACCCCCGGGGAUACCCUCGUCCAACAAAUUCCGUUUCUAUUGAAGCUGGCAACAACAACUACUGGGGCUAUCGUCGUGACAACGAGUCCAUUUCUGUUGAAUCCGAUAAGGAUGCAAAGGAUGAUGACGACAAGAUUGGCGAGAAGGGAGAAGAAGUUGAACAAAAUUGAAGGCAGCAAAGGUGCCCAUAAUAUAGAUAUGGUGGUGACAAAUUAUUUGCGGCAGCACAUGGUGAUUGUUUGGAGAAUUUAGCAUACAAGCAGUUAGAAUAUGAAAGAGCCCGAUAAUACUUUAUUUUCCACCUUACUCGCAAGCGAUUCAUGCUUCCAAAUCAAAAUGUCAAUUU